AUGGAGACGUAUAGUGCUGUGUUGAGGUACCAUCAGCGAAGGAACUGUUUUGGAUAUAUCCAACAGCGUUACAGUGAUGUAACACGAACAACUAGCAUACAGAUUAAUGCGACAACUUCGGGCACAUAUAACAUUAUUAGAUGUGCAAAUCCAACUGAAUGUGGUUUAAUCCAAAUUUUUGUUCCAAAUGAUCACUGUUGUUAUAAACCCAAAAUAUUACUUAUUAACAAAAUAUUCGCCGAUUUGUUUGGCUUUCAUGAAAAUGAGGAGGUAAUUGUUCAGAAGGUAGAAACGGCAUCAGUAUGCAGUUCAUUUGAAGUGGAACUGACCUCAGCAGAAGACUGGAAUACUGUCCAGAAUUCAGCACAACGAAUUGAAGAAUUACUUCUGGAACAAAUUCAUUUAAUUACUGUUGGCCAAACAUAUCCAGUUUGGAUUGGUCAGAAUCUUCAUAUUUAUUUCAUUGUUGCUCGAAUCGAAGCAUUUUCAUCUUUGCUGCAGAGCGCUUGUCUAAGUGAAUUUACGGAGAUCCAUGUGAAGCCCUUCUGUUCAAAUCCCAGUAGUCUCGAAAAAAGCAUGUCAAGAAACGUUUUGGGAAUACUUCCAGUACCAUUCACAUGUAGAAUAAAGGAUCUAUUCUCGGAUUUAGCCUCCAAGCCAUUUAUGUUCAGGAUUCAAGAUUAUUGUGGUAAUGUUCUUGAUAGGACUACUGCUCGAGUACUGCCCGAAAUACUGAUCAACGAUACUUUCCUGGAAGAACUGGAUAUACUUGCUGUCUUUAGACUCAAUUUCAAUCAAAGUAACUCAGAAAUCAUCACAAUAUCAACUGUUUGUAAUAGUCAAACGGGUCGGACCGCGCAUGCUUUACUUGUUGAACUACCGGUAGCAUGUUCUCGUUUUGCUGCAUUAAGAGAUUGUUUGAAGCGAUAUGACCCUCAUCAUUGUGCUUUUUCACCUGGAUUGUAUCAACUUAUGAACGGAGAAUAUGAAUGGAUUAAAGUAUCUCCCUUACCAAAGGAUCACAUUCAUCAACUUGAAAUUCUUGAAGUAAUUUCAGAAGGUAAGUUACCUGAGAAUUUCAAUGAGUGUUUACGAAAUCAUUUGUGGAAGACUUGUCGACAUUGUCCAAUCAUUGUUCCAGUUGACGGGCUCAAAGUGGAAAUGAAUUUAUCUCACAGAUCUCAUAUACAGUGUCGGAUUCGGCCUCACCUUGAUGAGGAAAAAGAUGACGGGUCUCGAAAAUGUUUCGUCUUCACUAACGAUGUUUUUCCCCUGCUUGAAUAUCGGAAUACUGAUCCGGUGGAUGGUAGCUAUGUGCAGAUGCAGAAAACAAAUGUAGAGAAUGUUCAUGGGGCAGUUGUAAAUUUCGGCGAGUGGGAGAAUAAAAUAGUUGAAUUUUCAUUCCAAAUUGCAUUUAUUGAGAAAUGUUACACAUACAUUGCAUAUCAUUUGGAGAAGCCUACUUUUUCCUCAUCAGAAAAUAUUCUUAUAGUGGGUAACAAAUCGGCGGGUAAAACAACUAUUCUACAUUUCCUCGCAAAAAAACUACUGCACUCUCACUUGGCUGUUUACAGUGAAUAUCUAUAUUGCUCUGAAUGGAAUGGUAAAUCAAUUGAAAAAUUUCAAGAUGUACUAAAAGUUACGAUGACGCGUUUAAGGCGACGUUAUCCUUCAGUCCUUUUCUUGGAUAAUUUGGAUAUUUUAUUGCAUGAUCAAGAUGAGAAUGUGAAGAAUGUUCGUUUGGAGAAAUGUGCCGAAUUAGUCCGGAAUUUGGCUAAUGAGAAUGGUUUGUUGGUUGUUGCAACGGCAUGCUCCAAACAUAAGAUUGUCGAAUUGUUUUCGCUGAGUGCCGGUGGGCGAUUUUUUGGUCACGUAGAAGACAUCAAAGAACUUACUCCGAUUGAACGAGCAAAAUGCUUGACGAAAUUCUGUAGCCAAGAAAUAGAAACAUGCAUUUUACAACGUACUGUUGAAGCAACUGGGAAAUGCACCAUUAGCGAUUUGAAGAGAUUAGCCCGAAGAAUUAUUUUAGAAUCAAGAGUGGAAGGGCAUGAAAAAAUUGAAGAAGAUGAUGUGCAACACGCAAUUAGGGAAUUUCGACCAAAUGCAGUAUCCUUCGAACAACUGAAACCAUUGGACAUGGUUAAAUUACAAUGGGAGGAUGUUGGAGGAUUAAAUAGUGUGAAACAAAUCCUUACUGAAGUUUUUAUUUGGCCAGCAAAAUAUCCAUUGUUGUACCGGAAUAUUUCUGUUCGUCUUGGUCACGGAGUGCUGCUGCAUGGACCAAGCGGAUGUGGGAAAACACUUAUUUGUAGAACUUUAGCAGCACAGUGGAAAUUCAGCAUUAUAUCUAUCCAAGGACCGGAAUUAUUAUCAAAAUUCAUUGGUGAAAGUGAAGAAAAUGUCCGAAAAAUUUUCGAAUGUGCUCGUGUUAGAAGUCCUUGUUUGAUAUUUUUUGAUGAAUUUGAUUCACUGGGUCCAAAACGUGGUGAGAACGAUACAGGGGUAACAGAUCGUGUGGUGAAUCAAUUGCUGACAGAACUUGAUGGAGUUGAAGGACUAGAUGGUGUUUAUGUUAUUGCGGCUACAAAUCGAAUUGAUUUAAUUGAUAGCUCUUUAUUACGACCGGGUCGUUUCGAUUACAUUGUUAAAUGUGAAUUGCCCAAGAAGGAGGAGCGAAAGUCGAUUUUGGAAGUACUUUGUCGAGGUAUAAACUCGGGAAAUGCUGAUUUCGAAGUGAUAGCAAGAAAAACAGAUGGCUGGACGGGUGCUGACCUAAAAGGUUUGGUAACAAAUGCUCAAUUGAUUGCUCAUAAGCGAAUAAAUGGAGUACUUGGGGACAAAGAUCUCGAUUUUGAAAAUGCAAAAUAUGCACUAAGUCAAGAAGAUCUGUUGUCCGCAAUAAAGGAAUCACAACCAAACAAGAACAGGAGUUCUUCUGGAUCAGAUAGGAAACCUUUCAUAUCACCAGGAUUGUUUACCACUUUAGCCUAGUUCCUGGUUUAUCCUAAAUUUGACGUGAAGUAAAAAAAAAUGAAACAGAUUUACUUUUCACCAAAUAGAAGUCUAUUUAGGUGAAAAGUAGAUAGAUUUCUAUUUAAGUGAAAGGUACAUUUGUUUGACUUAUUGCAUUUUCGUCAGGAUAAUGUCUUAUGUUAUUGGCUACUACGUAUAUUUGCUGAAAAUUAACUUUGCAAAUAUUUUUUUGGCAUAUAACACGCUUGCAGCACAUUUUUACAUUAUUGCCAUAUCAUCUUUCCAUCUUGCACUUCAUUUUAGAAUUUUUUAUAUUUCACCUUCAGCAAAAAUUUCAACUGGAUAUUAUUUUUAUGUGCAUUUUCAAUUUCGUAGUUAUCAC